AUGGUGCGAUCUCUGUUUACGCUCUUGAUAGCUGCCGCUGUUCAAAUUGACGCUCGCGCAACGGGCAGAAAUGCUGUUGUUGUCGACUCUUCGUCCGUCGCCAGUAGUGACUAUGACUAUAUCAUCGCAGGUGGCGGUCUGGCAGGACUUACGAUAGCCGAUCUCAAGGUGCUUGUGGUAGAAGCAGGCCCCUUCGACGGGCAGGAGGACGGUGUCCUUGUGCCUGGCGAUUAUAACCCAUCACCAUAUUUUUGGUACAACACUAUUUCUGCUCCGAUUGCUGGAUUACUGAAUCAAGUAUUCUUUGUUAUCGCGGGCAAAGUAGUGGGAGGUGGUUCGACGAUCAAUGCGAUGUUUCUUCACAGACCUGCCGCAGAAGAAAUGGCUUCUUGGGAAGCAUUAGGUGCCAAAGGCUGGGGCUACAGUGACUUGCUACCAUACUGGAAGAAGAGCGAAACUUUCAGUCCCCCCAAUGCUGCUUAUGCCGCCGCUCAUAACAUCUCGUAUCAAGACAGCAUCCACGGUACUAGUGGCCCAAUCCACUCAAGUUACGCGGAGUACGACUAUCCAGGUGGAGCAAACUUCUGGACGGCAGGUUUGUCGAUCGGACAGAAGAAAGCAAAAGACAUCAACAACGGAGAUGCCGUUGGCCUUUUCAACCUUCUCCGUGCAUUGAACCCAAAGACCGGCACUCGUUCAUAUGCUCGUACUGAGCAUUAUGACCGAGUCAAGGCAACCCGGCCAAACUAUAGCAUUCUCCCAUCGACGCUUGUCAGCAAAGUUCUCUUCAAGAACAAGAAAGCUAUCGGUGUUGAAAUUCUUGAUCCUGCUACAAAUAUCAAAAAGAACGUAACCGCAAAACGCGAAGUCGUUGUCUCUGCUGGAGGCGUGUUCACACCUCAAAUUCUCCAAUUAUCGGGAGUUGGACCAAAAGCUCUUCUUCAAAGCUUAGGUAUACCCGUGGUUGUGGAUCUCCCUGGUGUCGGUCAGAACUUCCAAGAUCAGUCAAGUCUUGCGAUCAAUUACAACUAUACCAACCCAAUCAUGCCAAAUACUGAUUCUUUGGUAAACAACGUCACCUAUCGUGCUGAGCAAGAAGCCAUAUACAAUGCCACACGCAAAGGUGCAUUGACAUUGUGCGCCAGUACCGCAAACCAAGCCAUUGCAUUUUCUCUUCAGAACGCUACCACGGAUUACGCUUCCAUCAUCGCAUACGCAAAAGCACAAAAGCCAUCUGACAUUUAUCCAAAUGGAACCCAUCCAACAGUUCUCGCUGGAUACGCCGCCCAACGUCAACAGCAGUAUGCCCAACUAGCAUCGCCCGGAUCGCCUAUUGCAUCAGUCUUCUGGAACACCGGAUCAACCACAACAAUUUAUAUGCUUAGACCAUUGAGUCGUGGUACGAUCAACAUUGUCGCCCCGGAUGUGACAGUGCCAGUGUCCCUUGAUUUCCGUACUCUUAGUGAUGACACGGAUCUCAAGAUGACUCUUGCAAUGUUCGCAAAGAACCGAGAGAUCAUGAAGCAACCAUCAAUGAAGGUUCUUGGACCAACUGAAUUGACUCCUGCAAAUGGAGCGACCAACCCCGCAGUUGUGGAAACUGCUUUGAGGGGAAGCAUUCAACCAUCGAACGCUCAUCAAUGCUGCACUACCCCAAUGAUGAAAUUGGAGUAUGGAGGUGUUUUGGCUAACGAUCUUACCGUGUAUGGAACGAGUAACUUGAGUGUUGCUGGUGUCAGUACAUUCCCCUUAACUGUUGGCUCUGCGCCUUCGAGUACACUUUACGCCGCCGCCGAAAAAGCCGCAGAUCUGAUUAAGAAGCGUAAUGGAACAUAA